AUACGAUUAAAGUGUAAGUAGCAUAACCUACAUUGUAACUGACGGAGCGACGUCGUCAUAAUCAAAGAAACCAAAUCGUGCGUUUAUUCUUUUUUCUUCUUGACUGUCUCCUGAUUCCGAAAACAAUGUUUCUUUCUCGUUCCUAUCCAAUGAAAAGGUCGAUGUGACCAAGAGGGUGGGAUUUCGACGACGGGACUACAGUGUUUUCAAUUUUCUUGCAGAGGAAUGCUAAAUCAGACAGUCAACGAACAGCUAGAUGAUAAUUCACAAUAGCUGCGCUUAGUGCUGUAAUGGAACCGUAAUUGCACUAAAAUUCCCGAAGCUGAGUUCUUGAUCACUUCUUCCGCCCCGUCAAGAUAUGCGGGUAUCAUCUCGUGGACAAAAUAAAGCUAAAAGUGUUUCCUGAGUGGCGGGCUGGCCGUGGGGGUCAGGGCUGGGCCUGGGGGCGGUGCAUGUGGUGGGAGGACGAUGGGGGAGGUACCCAGCCCCCCUGGUUUGAGUGCCCAGUGUGGUGUAUGCUCUGCCGGGGUGGCAGGGCCCGGCUGAGACAGGCUUACCAGAGGGGGAGGGACAGGUUUCGGCUGCCCACAGACAUGCUGAGCAUCAAACUCCCUGAGCUCUUCAACAUCCACCAGGUGCCACGAGUAUUUCAGGAGGAUGGCAUCAUAUCUGGCUACCGUCACCCCCACAGCUCUGCCUUGGACUGCAUUCUCAGCAGCUUCCAGAUGACCAAUGAGACAGUCAACAUCUGGACCCACUUCCUGCCCACAUGGUACUUCCUGUGGCGGUUCAGCGUCCUUUGCUCCUCCCUGGACUUCCUGUCAGAGAGCUACACCUGGCCUCUGCUGGUCUACAUGCUGCUGAUCUGCCUGUACCCCUUCACCUCCAGCUGUGCCCACAUCUUCAGCACUAUGUCCGCCGAGUCUCGUCACAUCUGCUACUUCUUUGACUACGGCGCUCUCAGCCUUUACAGCCUUGGUUGUGCCAUUAGCUACGGGUCCUACGUGAUUCCAGACUGUUGGGUUAACACUUGGCUUCACCGAAAUUUUGUGGUCAUUGCCAUCAGCAACACGCUGUUCUGCACCAGUCUGUCCUGCUACUCCAGGUUUCUUGAAUUGCAGUUCCCAUGCAAGAGUAAAGUUCUUCGUACGGCAGCAUUCGUAUAUCCUUUCAUCUUUGACAACAUCCCUCUCUUCCAUAGACUCUUACUAUGCUGUGGGGGCAGCUGCAGCCAUAACGAGGCCUUGCCCAGCUACCAUUACCACCUGAUGUUCGCCUUCCUCACCUGCUUCCUGUAUACCUCACAUCUCCCAGAGAGACUAGCUCCAGGCCGCUUUGACUACAUUGGCCACAGUCACCAGCUCUUUCACAUCUGUGCUGUGGUGGGCACACACUUCCAGAUGGAGGCGUUGCUGGCAGAUAUGACAUCACGCAGGGGCUGGAUGAUGACCCACUCGGCCAUUCCAUCCUUCCUGGGCAGUGUAGGUGCACUGGCCCUGGGGCUCCUGCUCAACAUGGGCCUCAUUGGCUUCUUCAGUGCCACAUUACUAUGGGCUCCCCAACACACAGCUCUACAGCACAGCACUAACAACCAGCAGUGCCCCAUUGACUGUAAGGAUAAGUAAUGGCUCUCACAUCAAUUGCCAACCAUUUGCCGCAUAGCCUGUGAAUUUGGGGUAAAUUCUUGAAUUGGUGCGGUGCUUGGAUCAGUCCAGUAGUUUCAAUAUCACUACCCUGCUAAUGCAAGGUUCUCUAGGAUUAUUUUGUCAGAAAAGGGUUUAUUUGUGUGUUUUAGUUUUAUACAAAGAGUAAAGAAGAAUGUUUUUCGAAGCACUUAAUAGCAAAACACACUCCUUCAAAACACAGGAUAGUAGAUAUCUGAUCUGUUUGUUUACUGUUUACCUUUAAUUUUUUAUUUUUUAUUUUUAUAAGCCUAUAGUUAUCAACAAUUUUAUUGUGUCUCGAUCCAAGUGGAUAGCCUAAAUUCGCAGUCACUUUUGGAACAUAUUGACACCUUUGGAGACUUUGGGUUGAAUGAAGCAGAUUUAGAGUAAAGCACAUAACUAGCAGUCCCUGAGAGGAAAAAUGGCAACAGUUUGCUCUAUUGCCUAACUCAUAACAGGGAUUUUAUAUUUGUAUCCAAGUAUCCUACCAAGUUAACACCACUGAUGUUACUUCUAUAAUAGUUUUAAGCCCUUAAUAAAUAACUAUAUUGUUAUCCUUAUAAAUAUAAUUCAGGAAUGUCCAAGUAAAUUUUUUGCUUCACAACUAUUGAGCAAUACGAGUUAUGUACUAAACUGCCUGCCAUGUUUAACAGUUAACUGCAUUUUUGUGUCAUAUUUCUCAUCUCACCAUUCUCUCCCAUUCACCAUUAACCCAGUUGGACAUUGGCAGUUAUAUUGGCAAAUCAUUUAUUAUACUUAAAGUAUCAAUGCUCAGUUGAAUGCUCAGUUUGAAUGCUUAAACCAGAGUUCUGUAAAAACAACCACCAAAGACCACAACCUAUUAUGCCCGUCACUGAACGAUGAGUGCCUUUUUAUUGUCAUUUGAAAUGACAACAUUUCUUAUGUUACCUUUACAACAACUUUACAGUGUGAAUAUUUUUUCAUGGGGGUUUCUAUAGAAAAGAAAUACCUGGGUGAAAGUCAGUCAAAUGAUUCUAAAACACUGUUUUCCAGAAAAUUUAGAGACUUUAAGAAACAGUUAUUCUUGCUGUGCACUCCAUUCAUACAAAUCAUGUAAGACCAAGGGGGUUGAUUUUUGCAAUCAGGGACAUUUCUUAUGGGAUUAAUUGUAGGUAAUUCUAAUUUCCUUGGAAUGUACUGUAUAUGUAAAAUGAAAAUAGCAAAAAAAAAAAAUAAUUACAUAUUAUAUAUAUAUAUAGUACUGUGCAAAAGUCUUGAUGAAAGGUCAUAAUCAGCAUUUUGGAGCAUUUUGGAGAACUUGUCGCAGUUCUUCUGCAGAUUUUGGCUGUUUUGCUUGCUUCUGGCUCUCCAGGUAAUCCCAGAGACCCUUGAUCAAGUUUUUAUCCGAAAAGUAGUCUAUUACUUAAAAUAUUACUUUAUUUAACAAAAUACAAAAAUGUAUCUGUAAAACUUAAUUUAUGUUUGGAAAUCUCACAUUUGCUCUUUUCUACUGACACACUAAUGCAGAAAACAAAAAAUAAACAUCAAAGACCAAAUAUAUACUAUAUAUUAUAUUUAAAAAUCUAGGGUGCCUAAGACUUUUGCACAGUACUAUGUGUGUGUGUGUAUAUAUAUAUAUAUAUGUAUAUACAUAUAUAUAUAUAUAUAUAUAUUUGGGGUCAUUUCUGAGGAUAGUCAUAAGUGUUUUUUAACUGUUUUCCAUUCCAAGUGCAUUCGCAUGGGAGACCUGAGUCACUGUUUUAACUGCAUAUUCUUUCUUGAAAAUGAUAAAACAGGUAUUAGUUCACAUUCUGUGAUUCUAACUCAGUAUUAUGUAAUCCAAAUGCAAAUAAUUACCAUCAGGACCAAAGUGGUGGUAUAGAGUGAGAUAAAAAUAUCAGACACUUUUGUUUCUCACGAGGUGGGUUUAUAAGUGUUUUGUGAUACCAUGAAGAUAUACGAGCAUACUUUUUUUUGCUCAUAAGCAUAUAGUUUACAUUGCAAAUUUGACGGUGGUAACUGCUGAAAUUUGGGAAACUACUGGAAUGGUAAGGUGUCCUGGCCCAUGUUAAUACUUGGUGAAUCUUACAUACUGUAUGUGCUUUAUACUAGAUUUCCUAGCUAAUAAAUCACAAAUAAUAAUUGCAUGGGGCUAAGGCAUAAGUACUGUAUAAUGGGAGUUGGGGUCCCUCAUACAAGUGAUGAAUCCACAGUAUCUGUUAACAUAACAGGAAGGGUGAGCAGAAGAAGGACCUUAAAAUAAGCCAAUAUUCACUCACUAACCAGAUUACAGAAUUAAUAUCCAUUUAAUAUAAAAUAUUAUAGGAUAUAGAUAUGCUUUCAAACAGGACAACAACACCAAACCCCCUGCUGUUUUUAUCCUGGUCCAUGGUGCUGCUAUUAUGCUUUCUGUGUCCGGUUUACAGCGUGCAAAAUAUAACUCUUGUUUACUGUUUAAAUAAUACUAUAGUCUUUUGUUAACAUUUGUCAUUAAAAGUUUUUUGGUAUUGGUAUUUGUCUCUGUAGUGUCCGUCUGCUGUUAUUAUUGGGUAGCUUUUGCACAAUACAUUUAUCAAAUACCCAAUGUCCAUUCUCAUGGUUGUACAACUAAUGCAUCAUUCAGACUUAAUAUGUACAUACUUUCAUCUUCAUAGAGCUGUAAACCUCUGUUCUCUCACUGUAUUAUUAGGUAAUAUUUUAAUGGCUAAAAUGAAGCAGUGCCCAUAUCUGGCCAUUUUCAGAUGACAGCUGAGGACAUCAAACCAAACCAAAACAUUGAAAUUGAAAUCAAUUUAUAAUCCAUAAAAUGAAUCGUUCAUGUUAUAUAUGAACAUCCUAAUCCCGUGCGCAUCUCUUAUGAUGUCUUAUAUGCUAUUAAAUCUCAGCACCUCUGAAGUUAUUGUACCAAGUACGUCUAUAUCCAUGCUUUCCGUUAGAAGAGUUGAACAAAAAGGGCAUUACAAGCAAGAUUUGGCCCCAUGACUACAUUCUUACCAAAAGAGGUUAUUUAUUUAAUAGUGCUGGAAUGACACAUAAGAAACUUUUUAAUAAUGAUCAAAUAAGUUAAUUGACGUCAAAGAGACAUUCAGGACUCUGAGAAGGGUGGUUAAAGAAGGCAGCUCUGAUACAGCAUAACACUAAGAACCAAAGAAUUUUCACUGACUUGUAAAUUCUUUGGCUACUUGUUGCUUUAUAUGCAUUCAUUGUCCAUAAUAAUCACAAAUGUGUCUAUGAACAAAUAUUUCCCUGAGGUACUGUGUUCUUAGAAAUCAGUCUUCAAUUUUGAAUGCACCAAAUAGAUAGGUGUGUUGUGAGAUCCUCUCACUUUGUGUAGUAAGAUCUUAAAAGAGUCAGUGGGUUAGAAAGGAACAGCAUGUGUAGCAAUGGUCAGAGAAUGAGAUGCAAAAUAAAGGUCUAUCCUGAGUUAUAUCCAAAGGAGGUCAAUACAGACAUUAUCUAAAGGGAUCGAAGCGUUGCAGGAUGCUAAGUUGAGGGAGAAUUUAACUGCUAUGCACAGAACACUAGAGAGAUGCAUUUAUUGGUUUGAACUAUCUAUAGACAAGUAAAUCUUUUUUUACUCCAGUUUGAGAAAAACAAAAAUGUUUCUCCAAAGGUUACAUGUACUAACACCACCAUUCUAUUGCGAUAUGUGCAACUAAACUGCUUGCAUUGUAGUCAUGGCUAGUAGUUUCAGAUGGCCAGCCUACUAUUGCUGUGAAUGGAGUAUGUUUGAAGAUAGGACGUAGCAUUACAGGCUAUACUGUGGGACCUCAAACAACUUUUGAGUGGCAGUUGUUGGAAUAGAAGUCAACAGUUGAUAUGCCACACCAAAAGUUAAUUAACCCACUGCUUUUCAGAAAGCCAGCUGUUGUUGAUCCAAGAUUGGAGCUUUUUUUUUUUAACUGAGUGCCUAUGUGAAUGCCUUUGUGUACGCAUAAAACAAUGUAGAAAAAUAGUUUGUCCUGCUGAGUAACAAGAGCCAAAAUGUUGUCCUAAUUUUGUGUGCUGGCUGCAUGUAACUGCUCUCCAAAUAUGAUUGCUCUGAGUGCUAACUACUUAGUAGUAUAAAAUGGAAAGUAAUAUGUUUUGCCGUAGUGAAUGAAUAACACCAGGCUAGAUUACCCAUAAAUCAAUGGUCGGUUUGCUAAUGCAUUUUUCUGUUUGGACAGUUCUCACCUUUUCCUAAGGUCUUGACUAACAUCAAACUAUUUCUUAUUUCUGAUAUGGCCUAAACAAUUUUAAGAUCUGUGGAAACUAGAUUACUGAGAGUAAUAAAGACCUGGUGAAUGCACAGGGACCACUUAUGUUCAUUGUUGUUUUCAAUGACUUCAGUAUAACAGGCUACAUUUGCAGAUUAAGCUGUAUCCAUUGAUUUCCACUAUCAGUUCAAAGGUAGACAUAUGUCAUACCAUUGGGAGACAUUUUUUGUUGUCUUCAAUAUGCUUGCUUUUAAACUACAUUUACAAUAAUCCUAUUUGGGCUAAUUUUAUGAUCAUGUACCAUAAAUAUAUUAGCAAAUUUGGAGCUUCAAUCAAGUGACCUUUUUAAAAAAGUCAAACAGAAUUUACCUUUUGACUAGUUUCCGUGCUUUUGAAGAGUAGCUGUUACGAUGAUGAAUGACCAUGGUGAAGAUGAAUUAAUUUAACCUUUCAGAAAUCUCUUUUCAACUAAUUCUGAAGAAUGUUUUAACCUCAGGUGAGCUAUAUGGAGGCAUUAACGCAGAGUGCCUUGCAGUGGGACAAAACACGUCAGUGACAGUAGAAAAAUUAGUCAUUUUUGAUUUUGUAUUUACAGUAUAUUUGCCGUGUUGUAAUAACUUAUACUAAAAUUGUAUAAAACAUAUUUACCUCAUAAAGGAAAGAAUGUAACAAGUUCUUGUAAUAAAAAACAACUGACCACA